ACCCACAAUCCCACAUUGCUUAAUGCUUAUUGCUUCGAACCAAAGCUAUAUCUCUCUCUUUCUGCUCAUUUUCUGGGUUGAUCAAACACCCACUAAACAAAGAAAAUAUGGAAGCUGCAAUGGGGUUGAUGCGAAGGAUUCAUCCUAAGCACACUGACACCGCUCUCUCUGCUCUUCUUUCUCUCAUGCCUGAGCAUUCCUCUGAUCUCCUCUCUCAAGUCGAUCAACCUCUCCAGGUUUUAUGUGAUCAAGAAAGUGGAAAGGAGUUCAUAUUGUGCGAAUAUAACAGAGAUGCUGAUUCCUACAGUCGCCAUGGACAAAUAAGUACCAGCCACCGUUGGAGGAUGGCCUUUAUCCUUCUGUAGAGCUGAGGAACCUCGAAAUUGAAGCCAAUGAUGUUUUCGCCGUAUAUUGUGACCAGUGAGGUGGGACCUGAGGAUGAAGGAACUGCCAGGUACUGUUUAACCAGUACUGUCAUGCUAUCUUUGACUACAAAUAGUGACUCCUGCGGGACAUUCAGCUUAUCUGGAUCUAUUAGAAGACAGAUGAGUAUGCAACUGUCAAUGGCCGAAGGUCAUCUUUGUAACAUGGGAAAAAUGAUUGAAGAAUUGGAAGGCAAGCUUCAAAACUCACUGGAUCAGGUUUACUUUGGGAAGACAAGAGAGAUGGUGUGCACUUUGCGGCCACCUGCUGAAUUGGCAACUAUGAAACUGCCUGAUAGCUGAUUUGUUUGUCUUGGAAUUAUGAUCAAAGUAUGAUAUUGUGGAUUAUUAGUGUAUUAUCAUCAUUUAUUUGAAUAUCUGGUUAUGUGUUCCAGAAUUUGGUUGAAUUGUAAUUCAAUAUCCUCUUGUAGACUUUUCCAUUUUGUUGGCUCUCGCUUAAUUCUUGAAAUUGUUUUUGGUUCUAUGAUAUUACUUGCGGAGCUUCAGCUUGCAAUUUGUAUUACUGUUUUUUCUUAAAAAAUUUAUUUUAUGUGUGCAAUGCAUUUAUGGUUGAUUUCUUGAGUAAGCCAGAUAAAAGAUUGGAGUUAGUUUCUGGAUGUUUUUGUCAUUAAUCAAACAUAGAUUGAAUAUAAGAUAAAUACAUUACAAUACUUACAAAAAUGUAGAAAGGUUGCUCUCAAAAUACGAAAAUUCUACUGUGGUUCAGAAAAUAGGCACAAUUGUUAUUGACAGAAAGUUUGCAUAAAUUUCAAAAACUAGAAAAAUUUUGAGUUUCCACAAUUUAUGUUUUAUUGUGCAAUAUCUUAAACUUAAAUUGGUGUAUUUGAAGAAAAUGGAGGAUAUGAAUGUGCCUAGGCAUGAGGUUAGAGUUAGACAAAGAAAUCAAAAGAUUUGAAUAUGGAGAGAGAAAUUGCCAAAAAAAAAAA